UAAAGCUCAUGCGACGUGACGUCACCGCCGCGCGUGACGUAGGUACCGGAAUCGAGCUCGCUCGGCUCAAAGUGCCCGCAUCUGUGGAAUAGAAAAUAAGUGUUCAAUACUCUUCAUAUCGCAGCGGCUACAAUUACUACGGCUGCACCCAAACCACGCGCAAACAGCCGCCCGCGACACAAUCGCAGCAGUCAGCCGGCGCUUUAAAGAGCUUUGUGGCGACGGUGUGAAUCGGUACCCACACCUCGGCGACCGUGAUGUCUCGAGCUUCGAGCCCCUCCCCGCCGGCGGACAUGUCGAGUGGCCCCGUUGCCGAGAGCUGGUGCUACACGCAGGUGAAAGUGGUCAAGUUCUCCUACAUGUGGACCAUCAACAACUUCAGCUUCUCGCGGGAGGAGAUGGGCGAGGUGCUCAAAAGCUCGACCUUCUCGUCGGGAGCCAACGACAAGCUGAAAUGGUGCCUGCGCGUGAACCCCAAAGGCCUGGAUGAGGAGAGCAAAGACUACCUCUCGCUUUACCUGCUGCUCGUCAGCUGCCCUAAGUCGGAGGUCCGGGCUAAGUUCAAGUUCUCCAUUCUAAACGCGAAGGGAGAGGAGACCAAGGCAAUGGAGAGCCAGAGGGCAUAUCGGUUUGUUCAGGGCAAAGACUGGGGCUUCAAGAAGUUCAUUCGGCGCGACUUCCUAUUGGACGAGGCCAAUGGGCUGCUCCCGGACGACAAGCUGACACUCUUCUGCGAGGUGAGCGUGGUGCAGGACUCGGUGAACAUCUCGGGCCACGCAAGCAGCACCAUGCUCAAGGUGCCCGAGUGCCAGCUGGGCGAGGACAUCGGCCUGCUGUGGGAGGCGUCCCGUUUCACCGACUGCUCGCUCUGCGUGAGCGGGCGAGAGUUCAAGGGUCACAAGGCCAUCCUUGCAGCCCGAUCUCCGGUCUUCAAUGCCAUGUUUGAACACGAAAUGGAGGAAAGCAAGCUGAACCGCGUGGAGAUUCACGACGUGGAACCUGAGGUGUUCAUUGAGAUGAUGCGCUUCGUCUACACGGGCAAGGCCCCAAACCUCACCAAGAUGGCCGACGACCUCUUGGCGGCAGCAGACAAGUACGCGCUGGAGCGCCUGAAGGUGAUGUGCGAGGAGGCGCUGUGCUUGAACCUGUCGGUGGACAACGUGGCCGACACGCUGAUCCUCGCCGACCUGCACAGCGCCGAGCAACUCAAGGCCCAGGCCAUCGAGUUCAUCAACAGCCACGCGGCCGACGUGAUGGAGACGCCAGGCUGGAAGGCCAUGAUCCGCUCCCACCCGCACCUGGUGGCGGAUGCCUUCCGGGCGCUUGCCACGGCACAGUGCCCGCCGCUCGGCUUCCCUCGCAAGCGCUUAAAGCAGUCGUGAGAGGGCGGCAUGAGCCCGCUCUCUCAGCCCGUGCCUUCCUCCUCCUCCCUCCGUCGUCUCCGUCGUCUCCCCCCCCCCCCCCCCCCCCUCCACACAAAAGCUUCACUGGGAUUUUGUUAUUAAAAUUUCGUUCGUCAUAAAAUUGUUAUUGCUACGAUAGCGUAUGUUUUUUUUUUUAAAGAUGUAUUAACAUUGCUGAAGAUAAGCAAGGAGAAAAGAGGAAGCCGCGUCGAACUGGGGACAAAUGCUUCGCUUCAUGGCCCUGGCCGUGUUCGCAUCGAGCCCUCUGAACUGUCGUCACGGUUGUGGUCAUCCGGUCAUGGUGCAGUCCGGUGGGAAGAGCAGCGGAGCUCGCAUUCGGCGGGCAUUGUCGGCCAGUGGAGCAAGUGAGCAAUGCGAAUCCACGCGGGGAACCCACAACGAAGGUAAAGUUGACUCCGGGAUUGCCUCAUUGUAACACAUGCGUGAGCAGCAGUGGGGCGGGGGGGGGGGGGGGGGGCGAAGCAGUCUGCAAAACAAACGGGACCACCAAGUCCAAACGUGCAGCAAGUGGGAACUCUUGGAUCCUGCAAGUGUUCCGAGAGAGAGCGAGGUGUUCUUGGCCAUCGCAAGAACACCCUUUUUUUCCCACGUGUGGCCAUCCAUUUAGUUUGUCUGCCCUUCCUUGCUGUGCCGGCUCGACAUCCACCAAAGCACGUCUCGGGAAGCGGUUUCAUCUCCGGACACGGGCACCUGUCGCCCCGCGUGCAGCUCGGCUCACACCGUGACCGCUCGCCACCGCCUUCUCUCUGCAUGCGUGUCGGAUGUUGCUUUUCGAAUGGACCCUUGACUUUGCGCGUGCGUUUGUACACAUGCUGCAUUGGUUAUUAUGGAGUUUAAACGGCCGCAGAGAGAGGAAAAAACAAAUAGAAGCCACUGCAACAUUUUUUUGCCCUCGUUCAAAACGUCUUAUUAAGUCAAGAAUAUGGCAAAAGAGACGAGAAACCGCCCAUCCGAAUUGCGUUAUAGGUGAGGGGCUAACAGGACGCUGUUUAUAACUCCGGACGCUGUUAAUAAAAAUUGCACUUUUACAAUGUGUUCCAUUGCCGCCAUCGUGGAGUGAAGGCGGAUAUGAUUUAAAAAAAAAAAUUGACGAAAAUGAAAACGUGCAAAAUUUUUACUCAACAGGGCUUUAAAAUGUGGUGAACCCCUCGGUAAAUAUGGGCCCUGCAUUUACUCAAAGUGGUCAAGCGCUAUCAAUGCCACUGCUGCUGCUCAAUAUUCACCGUGCCCUCCCCCUCCAUUGGAAGCUAUCGGCUCACAUCUGUCUCGAAUGUCCGCGUAGUUUCAUUUAAAAGCGAACGCUGCCUGCCUGUUUUGCGCCCUUGUCGAUGGCAUGCGUCUUUGUGUGUUUUUUUUACAACCUGCAGCGUUCCGCCCGCGAGAGUUAAGCUAGGAUAUUCCUCCUGGGCCGGCCAGCCGGAUGGAUAACCCCCCCCCCCCUCCCCCCUUCUAUAUCUUCCACAAUUCUUACUGAGCUCCGAUUGCAUGGCGUCGUUCCCUUUCAGGGUUUUGAUUGGAGUGUACAAGGCUUUGGUGUGGCCCGUUUUGGAGAGCACUGCUAUGAUGAGGUUCCCCAAUCUCCCUUUGUAGCAUCAUAAUGACAAGUCUUGUCAUUUGUUUCACGAUUAUUUUGUAUUUAUCCUGGAUUGACCCGUUUGGUAAUUCUAGGAAGCCUCAUUUAUUUACAUUGCACAUCUCAUUACAUAUUGAAGUGAAAAAUGAGAUGUGAGAUGAGUGGAUUUUUUUUUAACCUUGCCUUCCACUUUUAUAUCAGAAAGAAGCAGAAUAGGUUUGAAAUGAGAUGAAACGUAUGCAGAUUUUGUUAUGUUUGUUGGUCACGUCGUGUUGUUGAUGGCAUCCAUUGAAGUGGUCAGGUCAUAGGCCACAAAGUACAACAUUUAAAAAUGUAUUUGUCAUUGUGACGGUGGUAGCUACGACAAAAGAGGAAACCCGUUGCAUCAAUUUUGCGUCCAAUUAUAACUGGCGUAACAGACUUUGAAAGUUUAACUUAUUGAUUACUUAGGGUUAGCAAGUGAUGCAGCAUCCUAACUGAAUUGUUAUGCAAUGGGAAAACGUGGAUGUGGCGUAUACUUGAUGGAACAAACACAAGGGUCCUCGUCAACACAAGGAAUCAUGUAAGAAAUGUUUUACUUUUUGUUUCCAGUGCACAAUGUCCUCUUCAUCUCGGCAACCCUGGCACAGUUGAGGGCAUUAUUUAACGGUUUGGAUUUUUCCACCGUUGUGGCUGGGGCGCGAUUAGAUUUUUAAAGUAGUGUUUUUUUUUCUUUAAUAAGAGCCAUGCACUUGGCCAGGUGUGGCGGUGCUCACCAGUGUUCCACUUGCUCCACCGACUUCGGGGGUCAGUGUGUCGCUCAUCGAUGGGAGAACUUGUAGGUCGGCGCGGGGGCGUUGAGAAAAAUCGGACUUUGCUGUCUGCGGGGUGCGUCAGCCGGCAGUGACAUUUUCGGAAUCCGUUCGGUGGUGCAAUGAAGGCUUUUAACGUAAUAAAACGAAAACGAAAAUUGGGUUAAUAACGUUACACGUUUUAUUGCGGCGACGUUGCAAACACUUUACCAAUUUGGGAGUCACUUGAAGUAGGUGAUUUUUUUAUGUUAUUUCUGCUUCGUGGUCAUUCAAAUGAAUGGUGAUAUGCAGGUGUGUCCAACCACAGCAUAACAGUGCCGGCAUGAGCUUUAGCCAGGCUUUUGUGACGUGGAGGCGCCAUGCACUUUGGCGCAGUGGGCUCCACCGUGAUAGAGUUUGUUUAGUUUAUGUUCGUCAUGACAAUAUUGACUCAACUACAUGGCAAAUUUCACUUGGUCAUGAAAAGUCUUAAAGCACAAAAAGUAGCCUCUUGGCCCGCAGUACAGCGAAACGCAAGCUUUGCUGACAUUCUCUUAAAGUGAACUGCUCAUGUCUAGGCGCAUUUUACAUCAGCAAAACAAAACUCACCGGUGAACAUAUCGUCAUGGGCUUGCAGAUGUGCCAUAGAAAUUUUCUGUUGUUUUUGCUUGUGUUGUGCAAACCAAACUCGGAACGCAAAGUGCAUUUGGGGACUAAAAUCAGUGCCGAGACUCGCUCCAGUGCCGUGAUUUUUUUGGACUCGGUUCCACAGAGCAAUGCUUUGGUUACUUGAAAGAGGACACCUGGCGAAAGCAUGCAGCGCUGCCUGCUCUAGACACGCGUGCACACAAUGGAUGUUGAAUCCUUGCAACGCAAGGAGCGAGUGCCGUUUCGCCGCUCGCCGGGAGAUUGAUUUCAGCUGCAGCGCGCCCUGCCAGUGGGUCACACCACGGCAGCAGCCCGGUGGGAUUCACUUGCUCGCGCGGGUGCGGCGUGGCUUCUCGCUGGGCGAGUAGGCGCAGACGCAAAGACGGCCGCGGCGUCCGUCAUGAUUUACGAAAAAACGUCGGCUGUGUUGGCGGUUUGCGGGGGGGGGGGGGGAGAGAGAAGGCUUUUGUAGCACGUGGAUGAGGCUGGGAACGUCGGUCUUGUCGAGAGGAUAGGGGAUUAGUGUGGCGCGUUGAAUGGUCUUCGGGCGGCAUGCUUGCGAGGUGCGUCGGCGCUGUCGAAACGCUAUGCGGGGGUAAUUUGAACCGUGAAGUGUGUACACAAGUGGAAGAGCAAAGUGAAACCUCUUUUUGCCAUCGAUUUUUACUUCAUGAAAUGCAGGGUUUGUCAUGGCCAGCCCGUUCAUUUGAAAAUGACCCUUAAGUAAAUUUUAAAGGAGAGAGAAAAAAAUCGCUUCUUCGCGACGAUGGUUUACCGAGGUCUGUCGUGUAAAAUAAAAUUACGAAUUUCUUUGGGCUCUCGCCUGAUUCGUCAGAGGACUCAGCUGACACCAACAAGCACCACUCUCCUUGGUCAUUAAAUGGGGGACAGAAAGGGCUUUACAAGAGCACAUUUGACGUGUUGCGAUACAUACAAUACGUUUAGUUGAAAAACACAAUAUGAGACGGUAGCCUUCAUUUGAAUAUACAAUGUCGGCACAGACCUGCUUAUAUUUGCUUUUCCAGAACGCUCAUCUCUGCUAUUAUUUAAAUUAUGUUAAUUUCAUGCAAAUAUGCCUAGCAUAUUAGGCUUGCAUAAUUUUGUUUGGCUAGUCAAUGUUUAGACUUUCUUCUUAUGUACGGUGUGUGUAUAUAUGCAGUGUAUAUUGGAACCUACCACUUCUGUGAAUGUACACAAUUUCAUGAUACAAAAAAAACAUUUCCUUGUUAAUUUCUGGGAAGUGUCAAAGUUUCGGCCUCUUUCAUCGACAAAAAAUUAAAUAUCUUUAUCUUUUAUACAAAACCAUGCUGUGUAGAAGCUUCAUCAUGAGUGACUGAUACACGUACUGAAUUGACAGUUUUUACAAGAAAUGUCAGCUCUAUCAGAAGCGAAGUAGUUAAUGAAGAGAAAUAAGCCACUGAUUGCUUUGUUAUAAGCUUGAAAUUAGGUUAACGCCAUGCAUGUUCUUACAAACGUGUAUUGUUUCUUGAACUUGUAAUACCUUCCGGCGAUCAUUCGGUUUAAAAAAAUGGGAAUGACGUUUGCCAAAGUUGGCUCGUUACCGUCGUCGAAGUAUAGAAUCUCGCACGGGCCGAGCGAGACGCACAGACGUACAAACAUUCAAUGAUCCGACACGCGCUUACAGACAAAAGUGCUCGUGUUGUUUACACGAACGGACAGUUGCAGGCCGGCCGGCCAGCCGGCCGGCCGGUCGACUCAGACGCAGGCAGAAGGACAAGAGCCCAGCCGCACGGCAAAGCGAGAGGGGGGUGGACAGAGCUGUCGGCGUAGAGUUUGGUCGAACGCCGCCAAUUGAUCCGCUCGCGGCGAACGCCGACUGGCACUUGCCUUUCACGCAUCGAUGCGUGUGCCCUACGGAGGUCGUCGCCAAACACGGGCACUCCCAGGCCCAUUAAGAGGGCGGCGGCGCUCGCCUCGGACAAGCGGACGGCGCUGUUUCCUCCCCCAAGCCCACCACCCACUUCCGCCAUUCUCCACCCAAAUCUUUUGUCUGUAGGCCCCCCUUGUUUUCCUAUUCAAUUUAAAGUAAACCAAGCAAUGCGGUAGAUUUGAGUUUGGAUUUACAUUGCGUUCCGAAUGCAAAUGGAAACGUUCUCAUCUACAAGCGCGCUUACGUGUGUGCAUGCACAGCCCGUUUUGUCAGUCCGCUGCUGCUGGAUGAGGGUGGCCUCAAUGCCGUGUGGGUCGUGGGCCUUAUUUGACUUGGCCACGCUGGUCAUUGCCGGUUGUUGGUGAAGGUUGGAGCUGAGCCCUCUGCUGACAAUGUAGCCAGGCAGCGGCUACAGCACUUGUUUCGUGCGUGGUGGUCAUUCAUCCAAGCACGAUCCAGGCACAACGCUUGCUCGGCUUCCGAGAACUGAUGGGAUCGGGAGCGUUCCGACAGUAUUUUGGUUAUUGGCUGCAUAAAUUAAUAUAAUUUGGCUCGCAAAGUAAAGCCUGGAGAAUAAAAAAAACACGGAACCGAAACUCACUUCUAAUGAAAACCCACAGUGAUAAAUUGCUUGGUACCAUCGGCCCAUUUCACUCUCGAUGGAAACUGUUGUAAGUGACGGUGGUGGUGCUGGUGGUGAAUUAGUUUGGGUCCUCACCUGCGUGUGUCGGAUUGCUCGGCACGAUGAUCAAGCAAAGAAGUGUACUCCCGGAUUGAAAACAAAAAUCCCGAAUCUUUCUGCCUAACAGCCCUGUCGCACACCCCUAUUAUUAACACGUCCAAUAACCCCAUGACGUUUUAUGGAUUACGCGUAGCAUUUUAUUCACGUGUUUAUUUCCUCGUUGAGUUUAUUUAUAACCUGUAACUUGUUAUUUAUUAUAUAUUGGAUUAAAAGAGAGACGCCUCUUAUUUACUCCGGUUUUUUCUUUCUCACCCUAUGGGGGGGGGGGGGGGGAUCCAACACCGCCGAUGUUCACGGUUGAGAUUCCUCCGCGCGUUUAUACUGUACUCAUACGGUGCUCCUUUAAACAAAAAAUAUAUAUAGAAAAAAAACAAAGGCCUUGUAUUUCGGUAAGAGCUUGAAAGGUUAGGGGCCCAGCUGGUGGGUUUUUGACUCAAAUUGCGCCUUCUGAAACCCGUGUCACUGAACAAAACGAACUUUUGGCAGCGUGUGGCGGGUAAAAAGUAAUAAUAAUUUAAUGAAAUGGUAAUCAAUACGAAGCAACAGACAUUUUAAAGCAGGCAUCGAUUGUAUAACCUUUUCUUUGCUUUAACUUUAGCGGAGCAUUAACAAAACAACGUAAAGGAAAUCGCUCGCACGGUGUCAUUUGCUUGUUCCAUCUGAUCGGCGCACAUUGGCUUUGUGCGUGGGUGGCGUGCAGACUAAAUUCAUAUACAUAACGUGCAUGUGUGCGGCGUGUAACAUUUUCCUUGUGAAAAUGCAUUUUUCUUUAAAUAUCUCUGUUGGGAUAAACGUUUUUACGAUCUUGUGUCCACAUUUUUCUUUUUAAUACAAACUUCAUUUGUAUCGACGCGAGACGUGGUUUGCUUCUCAGAUUGUGUUCGGCUAAUUUUAAAGCUUCCCUGUGUUUCUUAAACAAUGGUGCACUUGCUGAUGCCAGUGCCUGUAAUAACUUUCAGCGUAUACAUAAUAGAAUGUGUGUAAAAUUGUAUAUUAAAAUGUUUAAACUGCA